UAAUUAUAAGCUAAAAUGGAAGAAAUUAAUGGGGAGCUUUAUGGGGAUGGGCUUGUUAGUCUGGAUGAAGGUUCUUUGGAAUCCAACGACAAUGGGAAACAAGAGCAAAGUUGCAAAAUUUGCGACGACAAACUGUGCAGUCCGAGAGUAUUGUCUUGCCUUCAUGUAUUCUGUGAAGCUUGCAUUGACAAGUUGAUGGUUAAUGAAGCUGGUGAUUCUUUGAAAUUUGAUUUGGCCGUGGAGUGCCCAAUAUGCAAGCAGGAAACCAAGAUUCCCGGAGGAGGCGCAGCAUCACUUCCCUCCGAUUAUUUGCUUACCAACAUCUUGGAUGUGUCCUCUAUGGACCAAUCUGUCGUGUGCACUUGCUGUAAGAGCAAGGAGCCUGCUGUGGCCAGGUGUACCGAUUGUUCGCAUUUUCUGUGUUCCAACUGCAAUUCUGCCCAUGAAUUCAUGAGGUGCUUUGAGAAUCACCGUGUGGUCCCCUUUGAUGCUCUGAGAUCCUCUAAGGAGAAGGCUGCUGUGCAUAAGCCAAUUUUUUGCACACGUCAUGUCGGCGAAAGCCUGAAAUUCUACUGCUGCGAGUGCGAAGUUGGUGCUUGCACUGAAUGUCUCACUGUGGACCAUAAGGUGGGUGAACACCGCUGUGAGCGCAUUGUUGAUGCUGAACCCAACUUGCGAGCGGAAUUACGCAACUUCAUAGUCGAAGCUAAUGCCCGUGCAGCUGCUGCUGGCAGCGCCUCUGCACGCUUGGAUGAUGCGCUUGGAGACUUGCAGCGUCAACGCGAUGAAGCUGAAAACGUCAUAAAUGAAGCUUUUCGCGCUUAUAAGGCUGCACUCGAGAGACGCCGCGAGAAAGCUCUCGAAGAACUUGAGCGUCUGCACAAAGAACGAGAAUUGAAAGUAAUGGAUUUAUUCGAUCGUGUUGAUAAAACUGUUCAACGCAUUGACUGUGCCUGCAAGUUUACAGCAAGACUUCUUCGUCGUGGUGAUGGUACUGAAAUUGUCAUGUUAAAGAAAACCGUCGCCUCGCAGCUGGCGCGUUUGCUCGAAGGAGCGCCCGAAUUUGAUGUUGACUAUUCGCUGGAAUUUGUUACUAAGAUGGAUAAGUUUGAUUCCGUUAUUGAAGACACCUUUGGAACGUUCCGUACUGAAGCUACUCGGGCGGAAGAAAGGAAACGUGCUAGCGAAUCUUCGGCGAUCGUGUCUGUGGCGUCUAACUCGCACUCACCCGCUGUAUCUGUAACAAAUGCUCCAGUUUUCGAUGACUAUCCAUUGGCAAAUGUGCGCCGAGUGACGGGAGUCGCCAACAUGGUUGGUGUAGGAGUGUCAGCCAUUGGAGUUCCCGGCGUAGGAGCUGUGUCUGGAGUAGGAGCAGUUACUAAUACAAGCGUUAUUCCUGGAGUUGUGAAUGUUAACAGCGUAGCAGGUGUAGGCGCUGUAACCGGCGUUCCCGCCUUACCAUCUAUGGUUGAAUACAAUCUGCAGCAGCUUGCCAGCAUCGCUGAAAAAGAAGUUCCGCCGCCACCUCACGCAUCUCCUGCGCCUUCAUUCACCCUUGCAGAAUUGCUAGCUGGAGACCUGAAUUCACCGCAGGCGUACAAUAAUUUGCAGGCGCUCGCUAAGUUAGGAUUGAACACAGAGGUAAACGGGUACGGUGGAGUAGGAGGCGUAAGCGGUAUCAGUGCCGUGGGCGCACGUGGAGUGUCGCCAGGUAGACCACUGCUGACGUCUGUAGAGGAGGCAGCUCUCGUCGCGCCUCCUGCGCCGCUUGUCCGCGCGACUAAGGCUACACCUAUGCACAUCAGGUUCAAGUUUGGCCAACUUGGUGGAGGCAAAGGUCAAUUUAACUCUCCUCACGGAUUCUGUCUUGGUAACGAUGAGGAUAUCAUUGUGGCUGAUACGAACAACCAUCGCAUCACGGUGUUUGACAAAUCUGGCAACCAUAAAUUCAACUUUGGUGUAGCUGGUAAAGAAGAAGGCCAGCUGUGGUACCCGCGCAAAGUGGCCGUGGUUCGUGCCACUGGAAAGUUUGUGGUUUGCGAUCGCGGAAAUGAACGCUCGCGCAUGCAGAUUUUUACUAAGAAUGGACACUUCCUAAAGAAAAUAGCUGUGCGCUUCAUCGACAUCGUUGCGGGACUCGCCGUCACCGCCGAAGGCCUAAUCGUUGCUGUAGACAGUGUUACUCCAACUGUAUUUAUAUUAUCCGAGGAGGGUGACCUCAUGAGUUGGUUUGAUUGCAGUGAGUGCAUGAGGGAACCAUCUGAUAUUGCUAUCAGUGGCAAGGAGUUUUACGUGUGCGAUUUCAAGGGGCACUGCGUCGUCGUUUUCGAUGACGAGGGCCGCUUCCUGCGUCGCAUUGGGUGCGAGAAUGUGACCAACUUCCCUAACGGCAUCGACGUCUCCGACGCCGGCGACGUGCUUAUUGGCGAUUCGCAUGGCAACAAGUUCCAUGUUGCUGUAUUCUCGCGCGAUGGUGUCCUAGUCACUGAGUUCGAGUGUCCCUAUGUCAAGGUAUCUCGCUGCUGUGGAUUGAAGAUAACUUCUGAAGGCUACAUUGUCACUCUGGCUAAGAAUAAUCACCAUGUUCUAGUCCUCAACACCCUUUACAUUGUUUGAGGAGUAACUCGAUGGCUGUAAGUCUGCAUACUACGAGAUCUCACAUUUAUUCCCUAUAUUUUAUAUUUUAAUUGCUGUUUUUUACAAAGCUUAACAUUUUUGCUAAACCAGUAUUUGACUACAUUUUUCGUUAUUUUGUGUUGAAUUUCACUUUAGUCUGAUUUUUAAUAUUGUACUUUAUUCACGGGCAGUGGUGAUUCGGUUCGCGGCUUGUGUCGAUCGCUAGCGGGCGCAGCUUCCGUAGGACACGAUGUUAAGCCACUGCUUGUGGGUAGAUCUUAUGAGUCAUUGUUUCCAAAGUACUGAUACUUGUAUAUUUUUUGGGUUUGUUCAUCUCUCAUUUUACACGGUUGCAUUUAGUUAUAGUAACGCAAAAUCCAAAGUUUAGUGUUAUAAUAUUGAACUUCUUUAUUUUUAUUGUAGCCCAGUCAAUAGAGACUAUAGUUUUUAGGUGUAUUUGGUUAUAGAGUUUCAAUACGUAUAUUGAUAUUUAAGCCUUAGUGUGUCAUCCUAAAAUAAGUAUAAAACGUCUUAAUGUUUAUUCUCGAACCGGGUUAAGAUAAGAAACUUGUAACCAAUUUAAACCAAAAAAUCCCAUUGACUGGACUAGUAUUUUGUUUCUAAAUUUAGCAGCUGGUAUGGUUCCUAGUUCGAGUGAAGUUAUAAUACAUGUCAAUUAGAGGACUGCGUGGGAGUGUCGCCUCACAAUUCGAAUCGUAAUUUUCUCUAAAAUUCUUGUUUGUUGAUAUACAUACUUUUAAUGACAUCAUCUUGAGAUAUCAGUCAUGCGCUUGGUAGUGAACAAAUGAACGCACAAUUGAGUUUGUUAAAAAUUAGUGCUGUUGACCAAAGGAGGCGACACUAAAAUAACGUGCCAUCUAGUUUAGGUUAAUAUCGUAUACAAUAUUAUAUAUUGUCCGUUAAAAUAUAUUUACCAUUUACAGAAUUCUUGUGUCUAUACAAAAUGUUUUUCAUGUACUCUUGUUUUGAGAGCCUAUUACAUAUUUGAAGUAUAUUUCACGUUUAGGCUAUUAUAAAAUGGUUCAUUUAAAAUUUAUGCCCAAAUAAUAAUGAACCAUCACAAUCCUAUAUAAUUGGGAACCCACUGUAACUUUGCAAUAAUUUUGUACAAGGUAUGUUAAUGAUGGAUAGUUAAGCGGUUUAUGUGGCAUCUUCAUGUAUAUUCAGGCAAAAGUUCAAAAUUUUCGAAGUACAAAAGGCCUAGAGACCAAUGGAAAGGAAUUAUUAGUUCGUGAUGUUUUAAGGUUUGUGGGACAUCCACUUUACAAAGCCAUAUUAGUGUUGCUAGUUUCUGUUGCGACACACGCAUUUAUUGUUAAAAAACGUUCCUUUGGCAAGGUAUAAACCCUUGGUUGUGUGCGAAUUGUUAUAGUAUUCAACCAUUUGGGAAUCCGCGAUCGCAAAGGCACUUAACUAUUUAUGUACUAUACAUGAAUUUGCCAUUAUAAACGUUUUAUUUCUACACACGAUAUGUUUGACAUUCGUAUACAGUUCGCCAAAAAUAUAUAUUUUUGUAACUAUCCACAUUUUAAUAUUCAAAAUUGAGAUUCAUAGUUUUCUAGACAUUAGAUACGAAAAAA